UUUUAAUCGAGUAUUGAAUCUUCAAGAAUCGAUUCUUUUUGGAAUCGAUUUGCAGCCUUAACCGCAUUAAACGGCACAACAUGGCAACCCAUUGUAUCUGGCAACUGGGUUUAAGUGGGCUGAGCUGCCCAGCGGUGGAGGAGGAAGCGCGGUUCAGCGGAGGCUUUGGUCUCCUUCAGUCUGAGCUGAAGUGAAUAAGAAGAACUUUGGAUGGUCAGAGAAACGCAGGCACACACUUAAACUCACCAAAAUAUGCACCAAUAAACCACGCGAUCACGCUGUGUCCUCUGAUUGGUCGGAGCUGUCUGGCGCAGAAGCAGUUUAAACAGCCAUGGAAACUCUUCGUAAAAAGAAGGUCUUCCUCAUCGAUACUCUGUCUGCAGAUUCCAGCUAUGUCUUGCAGUUCGCUCAGCAGAAUAAAAUCAUCACAGACAGAGAGUACAGAAACCUUAAACACCCCAACUACACCCAAGAGAAGAUCGUCACUGAACUUCUGGACACUGUGAGGGGCAAGGGGGAGGGAAAGUGUCUGGAUUUUCUUGACCUUCUAAAGUGUGAACAGCUGCAGGAGACGUUCCCUGAGCUUAAAGAGCAUUUUUCACCGGUACCUCCAGCACUAAACCAAGAUAAUGAAGUUCCAGUCAAUGAGAUCAGUGAAUACAAAAUGUCCAGCUUGCCACGUGGCUUUUGUGUGAUCAUCAACAAUAUGACAUUUGAUCCACCUCUUAAGAACCGAAAGGGCUCGGACACGGAUGAAGAGUCCCUCAAAGAUGUGUUCUCUUGGCUGGGUUUCACUUUAGAGGUGCAAAGAAACCAAACUGCAGAGCAAUUAAGGGCCAUCCUAAAGAAGUUCAGCCAGGAGACCCAUUUAGGAGACAGCUUUGUUUGCUGCAUCCUGAGCCACGGCUGUGCUGAAGGAGUGUACGGCACUGAUGGAGGUGUUGUCUCCAGUGAGGACAUCUUUGGUCCAUUCAGAGGCCUCUGCUGCCCAAGCCUGGCCAAAAAACCCAAAGCGUUUUUCAUCCAGGCCUGCAGAGGGAAAGACUUUCAGCUCCCUGUUCAGGUUGAGGCUGAUAGUGUGGAAAUGGAAGAAAUAGAAGACGAAGAUGAAGAAGAAUUUGAUGAAAUUGAAAUUGAUGCUGAUCCGAUGAUGACCAUACCAAAUGAUGGAGAUUUCUUUGUAGCGAGGUCAACUGUUAAAGGCUUCUUCUCUUUCAGGGACACAAUGUUAGGUUCAUGGUUCAUCCAGUCUCUUUGUGAGCAGCUGAAAAAGUUCUGUCCAAGGGGUGAGGACAUCCAGCACAUCUUAACCUGUGUGAAUCAGGAAGUCAGUGGGAAAGCUGCAAGAGUGAUUAUCAAACAUAAGUUUGUCACAGCCAAACAGAUGCCAGUUCAGAAAGUGACCUUGCUGAAGAAGCUGGUGUUCCGUGUGCCCAUCUAAUAGGGAACCGUUGCUGUUCCUUUUUAUUUUGUUUUCUAUAUUCCACAAUGCAAGCUCAACAUCCAGUAAGAUGAAAAGGAAGGUACCAUAAGGUCGUACUUGGCUGAAGCUCUUUUUUUCACUUGGUCUUUUCUUUGGACAACAAAUUGAGAAGAAUGAACUGGGUUAGCCUACAUAUGGUGUUCAAGAGGACUUAUUCCCUCUCCAGCAGCUUCCUUCAGUAUCAGCGAUACAGUUUCAAUAAGAUCACAAAGCUCUGCCUAGUAUAUUAUCAGCUAUGGACACAUGUGCUUCCAAAACCGACAGAGAUUUUUUAUUUCUAUCCCAGGUUUAAGCUUAAAUGAGCCUGAAACAUGGACGGCACCUUGAUUUUUACAGUAGUCUCUGGGAGUUGUGGAUGAAUGACAUGUUUACAACUGAAACUUACUUUUACUCUCACAUUACACAUGACAGCGGAGAUGCCAACAACAAAUUUUUAAUGGAAGAUCUAGGCUCUUUAAAUCUUUUAUUUUUUAAAACCCAAGUCAAAACCAUGUUGUUUUUUAUUUAGAAUUCACAUCAGAUGACAAUCAUGUAAAUGUGGUGAUAAAGAGCAGCUUUUUCCAGCUAAGGGCAAAUUUCAAACUAAAGUCAUUUUUUAGAUUAAAAAAAAAGGUUUUCCAUGUAUUUGUUACAUCUAGAUUGGAUCACUGCUAUCUUGUCAAGUCAGAAUAUUAACUGGUACAAAAUAAGAGUGCACAUUACUGCAGUUAUAGCAUCCAGUGCAUUACGGAAUCCAGCCUUUCUCAGUUUUCAGAUUUAAUAUGCAAAUUUGUUAACCCAUUUUUUUAGACAGACUGAACUCAUUUUCAGAAACGAUCAUUAAUUGUGCAUAAUAGUGAUUGCAACAUAGGUAUAAGGAGGUGUAAAUGUACUCAAACAUUUUAUUUUACACUGCACCGUAUUUUCAGUGGAUGAAAAGUUCCAUUUUUGUUUUGUGAAAAUCUCUAAAUUUGGCAGAAAAUUCAGGAUUUACAAACUUGAUGUAAAGUCUGCAAACUUAGUUAUGAUGUGUGUUUUUGUAGGGCUGUCAAUUGAUAAAAAAAAGAACAAUGUUGCUGUGAUUAAUCACAAUUAAUCAAUUUGUGUAACACAAUUUUUUUUUUUUUAAGUUUUAAAUUUAAUUUCUGUAAAAGACGUGUGACAGGAAGUUCUAAAGAACAGCUACCUCCAUCUUUAUGACGUGUUCUUUCUACUGUGGCACUGUGGCAAUUAGAGGUUUCUAGUGGAUGCCUCCAGUAACAUGUAGCACUCAGGCAAAAAUGUGAAAAGUUAUGUUCAUAAUUGUCCAGAAAAACACACACCCAAAAAACAAAUACAUCUCUAGUCUUAUUCUUUUCUCUGUUGCAGCAAAGACAGAGACCAUAUGUCCUGUCUGGAGAAACAGGAGAAAAGGAAAGAGAAUACAUGUGCUGAAAAAUCCAGUUGCUGGACUAAAAGGCAGCUCUCUAAUGAGGCUGUAGAAGAAAAUAAAGGCAUUACUUAAUUUAAAAAUUCUAUGUUUUUGUGGCAUUUGUGAAAGAGCAAUAUUUUAUUUCAUUUUUUAUAUUACUAGGUAAGCUGUUGAUUUUGUGGGUAAUGAGGUACCUAGUGGAUAUUGGUACUAAAAUGUUUUUGAAAAUGUAAAUAAAUGUUUUUGUUAAGUGUUCUUUCAUACAGGACCAAAUGAUGAGUGUGACCACUGGUAGCUUUGUGACAUCACAUGAAAACGCAAUAUUUUAUAACUACUAAACCCAAACUGCCAUUUAAAAAUGUGAAAUGAAUGUUUUAAUUAAAUAAAAGUGGUGUAUGGCA